ACCACUUCCUCAGGUACAGCGCAAGCGCAGAGCCCAAUGCGGUUACGAAAAUAGUUGUUACGUGAGGUUUAUUUUUCAAAGUAAAUUUAUUUUAAACGUUGCACAAGGAGAAGGGCACAGAGGUACAAUGGCGGGAGAAGAGCAGGAGAGCGACAACAAGGGCUUCAGACUGCUGGGGAUCCUGGAUGUCCAGAACACUCCGUGUGCCAGAGAUGCCAUCCUGCAUGGGGCUGGAGGCUCACUAGCUGCUGGCCUGCUUCACUUUCUGGCCACCAGUCGGGUGAGGAGGUCUUUUGACGUUGGAUUUGCAGGCUUUAUGCUCACCACACUCGGGUCCUGGUUGUACUGCAGGAUGAACAACGCUAAGAUUCGUGUGCAGCAGAGGAUAAUCCAGGAUGGCAUCAAGAACAAGAUCAUCUACGAAGGAUCCGUUCUAGACCCCACAAACAAACCCAGAGGAGAAACGCCAUCAGGAUCCUCAUGAUCUGCAGCACUGAAGUCAACCCCCUCCUUAGUAAGGGCUUGGAGGAGAAGAGAGGACCCUGUCAGGGUAAACUGACUGAAGUGACUCUGACUUCGUAAAUGACGGGAAGAAAAUCAAAAAUCCGACAUUUUACAGAUGCUUGUUUGUUAUUAUUGACAUCUUGGUUUUGUCCAGCAGCUUUACAGUCUGCUGAAUGCCUCAUGUGCCAGUCAAGUGACAUGACAGAUGCAGUCUUUCAUAUAUCCAUCACAUGAAAACAUCAAACCUAGAGCACUCACUUUAUUCGUACACUGUAUGAGUGAUUGAAAGCAGUGAUAUAUGAUUAUAUCAACAGCUUUUUAGUUCAUUGAUUUGUUUAAAAUUCUGCUAAGACAGCAGAAAAAGGAUGUAACUGCAGGUCAGAGCACACGUCCCCUCAGAGCUCAAGACCACACUUUCACUAUGAAAACUCACGUAUUUUCUUCAUUGUAAAACCUUGUUGAAUUUCAUGUGUUGGGAUAGAUAUGUAUGAGACAAGCAAACUGUGUGCUUAUAUUUAUUUUACUGUCACAGGACAACCAAAUCUCUACAGUUUUUUUUUACUGUAUUUAAGAAUAUCAGGAUCAGUGAUGUAGUUUCAAAAGCUAAGUCAACACUGAAUCAUCACGAUAAACUUCACUUGAGUUUCACUUCUGCUAGCAAAGCCUUUUGUGUAACCUCAUGUUAAAAUAUAGAUUUUUGAAAAAUGCAGAUGUCAGUUUAACAAGAUAAGAAACAUGGGGAGAGAGAGAUUGAAGUCCCGAGCUGGAAUCGAACAGGGCACACACCAGUUGUUUGGUAUGUUUUCUGUUUGGUUCAAUACUCAAUGGUUUUAACGGACAAACGGCAGAACAGCUGCAGUUUUCUGUGUUCAGGUGUUGAAUCAUCCUUUAAAUUCACCUCAAACUGUGAUUGCUGUAUCAUUAAAUAUUUAUCAGUUGAAGUGUGGAAAAUAAAUUGUGUGUUGAUGUAAUAAUGUGUGAUGUGGAGUCGAGGAUGUGUCAUCAUUGUUGCUGGAUUUGCAAGUAACUGUUGCAUCUUCAUUUUUCUGUUUAAAUGGGUUUUGUCUGCUCCUUCAAGUUUCCUCAGCUGAUCAGUUAGUAUGUUUGUAAUUAGUCAGAAGAAAAUUGAUAAUUGUCAGU